AUGAAGAGACUGCUCGGAAACAAAAUUACUUUUAAUAAAAAAAAAAAAAAACAUAACAAUUUAGGAUUACACGCAUUUCGAGGUGGAUCUGGGAAUUUCAAAAAAGGCAACAAGGAUUUCAAGAAAGGGAACAACAACAAUAACAAUAAUAAUGCCGUGCGUAAGGGAGGCAUGUGGAAAGGCAACAAUGGAGGACGAGGCGGAGGGGGCCCAAGAGGUGGCGGAAGAGGUGGAGGUGGCGGAAGAGGUGGAGGAGGAGGAAGAGGUGGUGGUGGAGGAAGGGGUGCUAGAGGAGGCGGAGGAGGAGGAGGAAGAUUUGGUGGAGGAAAUAAUAACAAUAAAAAAAAUUUCACAAAAGGUGGAAAAUCAGGAAAAGUUAUUGUAGUACCACAUAGAUUCCCAGGAGUUUUUUUACUAAAAGGAAAGUCAGACAUCCUUGUAACAAAAAAUUUAGUCCCCGGAGAAAGUGUGUAUGGAGAGAAAAGAUACGAAGUAAUGGGAGACAAUGAAAAAAUAGAGUACAGAGUCUGGAAUCCAUUUCGUUCAAAAUUGGGUGCUUGUUUAAUGGGUGGAGUUGGUAACAUGCCUAUCAAACCAGGCUGUAAAGUUCUUUACCUGGGAGCAGCAAACGGAACGUCCGUAUCUCACGUGUCCGAUAUGGUCGGCGAUGAAGGAGUUGUUUAUGCAGUUGAAUUCUCUCACAGAUCAGGAAGAGACUUAACCAACAUGUCAAAAAAGAGGUCCAAUGUGGUUCCCAUUGUAGAAGAUGCUAGACAGCCAAUUAAGUAUCGUAUGCUAGUGGACAUGGUGGACGUCGUUUUUGCUGAUGUCGCACAGCCAGAUCAAGCACGUAUUGUUGCUAUGAAUGCUCAUAUGUUUUUAAAAACUGGAGGAUGGUUCAUAAUAUCCAUUAAGGCCAACUGUGUUGACUCCACUGCCAAACCAGAAGUCGUCUUUGCCUCAGAGAUGGAGAAAUUGAAAAAGGAAAGUUGUAAGCCGAAGGAAAAACUAACGUUGGAACCCUUUCAUCGUAAUCAUGCUAUCGUUUUGGGCAUGUAUAGGUAA